UAAUUAGAUUGGUGCCAUUAUAAUUUUCAUGGUUUAGAAAUAUGCCAUCAAACUUUACUAAAUCGGUCUGAUGCCAUUAUUGUUUUGCAUACGUCCGCAUCUUGCCAUGUUGUACGUCUCCGGGCUCCUUGGGCCCACCUGCAGGCGGGCGUACUUCGGUAUGUCCCAAAAUGCCCUGCCGCCGGGCCCUAAAACGACCGCCUGGUCCACUUGAGCUGCUCCCGCACCACUCCCUCAUCGUCACCAGCGACGUCGGCGACCAACACGGAGACGGCGACGGCGACCAACACGGAGACGGCGACGACGACCAACCGUGAGUAACCCUAGACUUUCCAGAUCCCCCUGAUUGGGACAGCCCCAAGCAAGGUUUGGAAGAGCCCGAUGAAGGCGGCGUCGGGGUCAAGCGCAACCGGCAGCGAUGUGGAGGAGCUCCCCCUUGUUGAUUGCCCAGAUUGUGGGAAACAUGUGAUUAAGCUACGAAGCAAGCAAGCGGCGACAUAUGGCAGAGUGUUCUACAAGUGUGAGGAGAAUGUGAAGGAUGAUCCAUUGACUUGUGGAUUCUACAAAUGGGAGAACGAGUACAAGUCGUGGUUGUGGCGUAAACGUUUGCCGGAAGAUGUUGCCGUGCCCUGCUCUUCUGACGACAAGUUCCACAGUGGUCGCAAUGGAGAAGUGAAGCAACAAAUUUUGGAAUUGAAGCAUGAGAUUGCCCAUCUGACAAAUGAAAUCAGGGAGUUGAAGCAGCAAAUUGUGUCGUUGAGGACAAUGUUGUGCAUAGGGAAGAAAGGAGUUGUUGUUGACAGUGUGUGUGUUGCUUUAGUUGGUUGUUUGCUAGGUAUUGUGGUUGCAGUUCUGUGCAAGUAGUGAAAGACUGUGUAAUUACUUUGUUAAGUGAAAGAAAUGUUGUUAUUGUGGUUGCAGUUCUGUGCAAGUAGUGAAAGACUGUGUAAUUACUUUGUUAAGUGAAUGAAAUGUUGUUUGAUUGCUCCAUGUACAAUAUUACUACAUUGG